AUGAACGCUGCCAGUGAUCUCGAUACUGUCGACAUUGGCAAGGCCCAAGUCGCCAAGGAUACUACCACCAUCAGCUCUCCAAGUCCCAGUUUCUCAGAUGAUGAGAAUGACCGCCCUACUGAGGAGGAGUUGGCCACUCUUCGCAGAGUGUCAGGUCAGAUUCCUUGGGCUGCCUACACGAUUGCCUUUGUAGAAUUGUGCGAGCGAUUUUCAUACUAUGGUACAACCGCAGUUUGUAAGUUUUUUGGCUAUGUUGUUAGAAGAGCCGUAAAUUUAACAUACUACAGUUGUCAAUUUUAUUCAGCGCGACAUGCCAGCGGGUUCAAAUACGGGGGCUGGAUUUUCAGGUCAAUCUGGAGCACUUGGUAUGGGACAACGUGCAUCUACUGGUAAGUGAAAAUAAGCGAAGAUCCUUCCUCUCUCCCAACUAACUUCUCUCUCUUUCUUAGGUCUGACGACGUUCAAUGCCUUCUGGAACUAUUGUGUAAGUUUCGCCUUUAUUUCUGUUUUUUUAUUCUUUUAGCCCUCACCCCCACCCUCUUCCAAACCCCCCAACUAACAUUUCCAGAUGCCAUUGUUAGGUGCCUAUGUUGCAGAUACAUACUGGGGUAGAUUCAAAACAAUUCAGGUGGCUUGCGCUGUGGCUAUUUUUGGUCACAUCAUUCUCAUCAUUUCAGCAAUUCCUCCUGUUAUUGUUCAUCCAAAUCGUGCCAUCGCCUGUUUCUCUAUUGGUAUCAUUAUUAUGGGAGUAGGUGUUGGUGGUUUUAAAUCGAAUAUCUCACCUCUCAUUGCAGAACAAUGUGAGUUUAACGCAAUAGGUACUUGAGAACAAUUUGCUGACAUACGAUCCCAAGGUACUGAGAAUGUCAUGCGUGUCAAGACUCUCAAGAGUGGCGAACGAGUCAUCAUGGAUCCUACGGUUACCAUUUCACGCGUAUACUUAUAUUUCUACCUCAUGAUCAACGUUGGUUCAUUGGUUGGUUCUAUUUCAAUGGUUUAUGCUGAGAAAUAUGUUGGUUUCUGGCUGUCUUUUUUGUUGCCAACAUUUAUGCUUUGUAAGUUUGAGUAUACUUGCAAACAUUGUUCUGUUAUUGACCAUGCACAGGUCUUUGCCCAACAAUCACUUAUCUCUGCAGGAACAAAUACGUUCUAUACAAACCCCAAGGUUCAGUUAUCACAAAAGCAUACCAACUAUGGUCCCAUGCCCUCAGCCAACACUGGUCAUGGAAUCCAUUUACUCUCAGAAAGAACGUCCAAAAGCCAGGAUUUUGGGACGGCUCCAUGCCCUCAAAACUUGGUGAUAACAAACCGGCCUGGAUGACCUUUGACGACGCCUGGGUUGGCGAAGUCCGCCGUGGUCUUAUAGCUUGUAGAGUGUUCCUCUGGUAUCCUCUCUACUGGCUAGCCUACGGACAGAUGACCAACAAUCUCACCUCGCAAGCUGCAACCAUGCGUCUUCAAGGAGUCCCUAACGAUAUUGUUAACAACCUCAAUCCUAUCUUCAUCGUUGUUUUGAUCCCAGUUAUGGAUAGACUGGUAUACCCUGCCCUCCGAAAAGCACAUAUCAACCUCACCCCAAUCAAGAAAAUUACAAUGGGCUUCUUUUUAGCUAGUGCCGCAAUGAUAAGUGCCUGUGUCACCCAGUACUUCAUCUACAAGCUCCACCCCUGCGGAACCAGUCCCAAUGAGUGUGAUAUUGAGGGCGCAGAGGCUCCCAUGACUGUUUGGUAAGUUCUCCCAACCCAUACCAUACGGGAUUCAAUCUAACUUAUGGCGCAGGAUUCAGGUUGUCCCAUAUGGACUCAUCGGAGUUUCCGAGAUCAUGGCGUCCAUUACCUCCCUCGAAUAUGCAUACACCAAAGCUCCAGCAAACAUGAGAUCUAGUAUUCAAGCCUUCUCUCUAUUCAUGAAUGCCAUCUCUUCCGCACUCUCUCAAGCUCUCGUCGCCCUUGCCGAAGAUCCAUUAUUAGUUUGGAAUUACGGGGUGGUGGCUGUGAUUGCUGCUAUUGGAGGUAUUCUCUUUUAUGUCGAUAACAUGAAGAUUGACAAAGAAGAGGACGCUCUUAACCAACUGGGCCCUGCCAAGUUUGACGGAGAGUUCGUUCAGGAAGUUAACCGCAAAACUCAUGACCCAGAGAGCGUUGUUACAGCUCCAGUAGUAGAGAAGAGCGAGGUUUCCGAGAAGUCGUAGAAAUUUAUUAUAAUAGAGCAAGAAUAUUAU